UUUGAAACGACUCUUGUGAUCAACUUUUGGUUUCCUUCCUCCCUGCAUCCAUACUUGACAAAACAAUUGAGACAUACAGUAGUAGCCUUCCAAUUGUUUUCGUCAACAUCGAUAGCGACAUGUCUAUGAGAUGCUGGUAUCGACCCCAAACAGACGAAGGGACAUGGUAAGAAAUUGUUUAAGUUCAAAAUGGAGAGUUUCAGCUUCUUACAAGUUUGAAUAAUAUUUUCCCCUCGACUGCGGCAUCUGCAUUCAUUGUUACUGCUUGAAGUCAGUGUUGCUGUUAAAGCUUCACGUGACUCAGCUAGCUACGGCACGUGACUAGGCUGGAGCUGCUGUCGUGUUUCCCUGGCGCCUGGCGGUCGCUUUCAUCAUCACUAAGCUCGGGAGCCUCGACCUCUCUCCUCCACAUCAAAUCACAUCCACCAUCACGACUCACCUCAUUGAAACCACUGCAACGCUAAACAAACGUCAUCACAUAAUCUAUAGCUCCCUGAGCUGAUCCUGACAAAAUGGGUCAAGGUCAAUCCGGCAUGGGAGAAGGGGGACGCGAUGAGAAGGACAAGAAGAAGGAUAAGCCCAAGUACGAACCUCCGCCUCGACCUACCACACGAGUCGGCCGCAAGAAGAGAAAGGCCGGUGGCACCAGCGCCGCUCAAAAACUUCCCGCCGUUUACCCUACCAGCCGAUGCAAGCUCCGACUUUUGCGAAUGCAGCGAAUCCACGAUCAUCUCCUGCUUGAGGAGGAGUACGUCGAGAACCAGGAACGUCUACGCAAGGCCAAGGCAGCCAAGGAGGGUCAAUCUGUGGGCACCGAUGCCGAUGUCGAUCGAUUAGCAGACGAGCGUGGCCGUGUGGAUGACAUGCGAGGAAGCCCCAUGGGUGUUGGAACUCUGGAGGAGUUGAUCGACGAUGAUCAUGCGAUCGUCAGCAGUACUACUGGUCCUGAGUACUACGUCAGCAUCAUGAGCUUCGUCGACAAGGACUUGCUGGAGCCUGGCGCCAGUGUUCUUCUGCACCACAAGAGCGUCAGUAUUGUUGGCGUCUUGACAGAUGAUGCCGAUCCUAUCGUCAGUGUCAUGAAGCUCGACAAAGCUCCUACCGAGUCAUACGCCGAUAUUGGUGGUCUGGAGCAGCAAAUUCAGGAAGUCAGAGAAUCAGUAGAGUUGCCACUGCUCCAUCCGGAGCUGUACGAGGAGAUGGGUAUCAAGCCUCCCAAGGGUGUCAUUCUCUACGGUGCUCCCGGCACUGGAAAGACAUUGCUGGCCAAGGCCGUUGCCAACCAGACCUCUGCCACUUUCCUACGUAUCGUAGGUAGUGAGCUUAUUCAGAAGUACCUUGGUGACGGUCCUCGACUUGUGCGACAGCUUUUCCAGGUUGCUGGUGAAAACGCUCCUUCAAUCGUCUUCAUUGACGAAAUCGAUGCCAUUGGUACGAAGCGAUACGAUUCAACAUCAGGUGGUGAGCGCGAAGUCCAGCGAACCAUGCUGGAACUCCUCAACCAGCUGGAUGGUUUCGAUGAUCGCGGAGACGUCAAGGUCAUUAUGGCCACCAACAAGAUCGAUACCCUGGAUCCCGCUCUGAUCCGACCUGGACGUAUCGAUCGAAAGAUUCUCUUCGAGAACCCCGACCAGAACACCAAGCGCAAGAUCUUCACACUUCACACCUCAAAGAUGAACCUCAACGAGGAUGUUGAUCUCGAGGAAUUCAUCUCCCAAAAGGACGACCUUUCAGGUGCCGACAUCAAGGCCAUCUGCUCCGAAGCCGGUCUACUUGCUCUCCGAGAACGACGAAUGCGGGUGCAAAUGGCGGACUUCCGAUCAGCGCGCGAGAGAGUACUCCGUACGAAGCAGGAGGGCGAACCAGAGGGUCUGUAUCUGUAAAGUACCUGUACAUGAGCGAUUGGGACAGAUAGAUGGGUCUCGGUUAUUAAUGAGGAAUAGAGAUUUAACAGCCACUUUGAGCGGAAUGUUUUGUACUAGGGAUAAAAUGCUUAGGUUGGCAAUGCCCUAGGACUUGAUGUUCAGUGUAAUGUUACAUGUUGACAGCGUAAUGCUUCUGCAAUUUUCGUGAACGGGCUGUAUCCCGCCUCCAUUACCAUUAGGCCUUGUUCAGUAGACAAACAGACUCCAUACUAAACCGAUACUUUAUUGUCCAUCCCGACAUCCUCCAUAACCCAUGCACGGAUCCCAAAAUGCAGACAUAUCAUGAGGAUCCCAGUUGUCGUUUCUAAUACCAAGCUGGCAGACGGUGUAGGCGUAAAACUAAUUGCCGUUCUCCUUCUUCACAGCCUCAUUGUUCUGCACUCCCACAGGUGAAUGGUUGUACAGCCAUCGUGCGAUGAUGAAGCUGCCAAUGGCCCAGCCCCAGACGAGGACGGCGAUGGAUGAAGUGACGAGUAGUGCUGGCACAAGAACAAGAAGGGCAACGCCAAUCCAGAAAAGAGCAAAGACGAUUGCUGCGCCAAGGGCGAAUAGGAUGGUUGACAGGGAGAAUGUGAGGAAGAUUAGAAGAGGGAGGAAAGAGAGAAGAAGUUGCGAUACAAUAAAGGACUGUUUUGUUAGCGAUGUUAAAUGGGCGGCGAGAGGGAACGUACAAAGAGAAUAGGUCGCGAUGAAGCAAAAGAAGCAGUAUUGUCAUAAGCUUUCUGUCGAGAAUUAGGCGGAACGACACGAUCCACGGAGCUCCGCGCGUAGGCAAUGAAGCCUGAUGCGUUGUCACGAGCAGUCUCGCUGUGAGAGUUUGUAGCGGCGGGAGCCAUUGCUGCGAUGGAUGGUUGAAUUUGGUUUAUGGUGUUGGUGGUACAAUUGUCAUUAUGGGAAGUGAAGUGGUGCUUGAGAUGCUUC